AUGAACUCUACCGAUUCACUGCCAACGGUCCAUCCGCCGGUGGUGGACCGCUUGCGCAUCGCUGUCCGUGAGCGACCGACAUCUGAUGAGGAGGUGCCCUUGACACAGGUGCUAAUCCGUGCCGAUCAAGACAAACUCAUUGCCUUCGCCCCAAACGCCGCGGAUGGGCUUAUGUACGACUUUGACUACUUCUACCCUCAAAAUGCGCGCCAGGCUGACGUUUUUUGCACGAUCGGGCUCGAGAUGGUCGACUUGGUGAUGGGCGGGCUCAGCGCCAACUGCAUUACCAUGGGCUACGCGGAGACGGGUAAGACACACACGCUCUUUGGCAGCCCGAACGAGUCUGGGCUCAUUCAAGACACCGUGCGAGAACUCUUCCGGCGACUGGAGGCGCAGAGGCACACGCACGAGUACAGCGUCGACUUCUCGUACUGGGAGAUGAACUGCAACAGUGUCUUUGACAAUCUCGCAGAGGACGAAGCACCGUGUGCUGACGGUAGUGCUGCAGCGAGCAGCAGUGCUCACAACUACGCUGUCUAUCGAGAUGGCUUUGGCCGCCUGUACCUCUCGCACAUAACGGAGGUACCGGUGAAGGACUUUGCCGCCUUCGAGACGCUGCUGAGCCAAGGUAACGAGCGUCGUGUGCGGCGCGGCUACGCUCGGCAGUUCCGCUGGCACGGCUUUGUGCAGCUCUCUCUCAUGACCCUCGACAAGCACACUGGUGAGAAGUGCGUGCUGCGUCGAGUGACGUUUGUGCAUACAAAAGGCUCGGAGAGAGUCGGCGCCAACAGGGCACCAAAGCAGAUUCUGCGGGAGGGGAGCCAGGUGAAUGUGAGUAACACGUUGUUGAACGCGGCGGUAAUACACUCGCUCGAGUACCGCGCCAAGCGGGCUGAUCAGUGCCACACCCAGGCGCAGCUGCACCGCCUGAUUCAACGAAGCGAGUCGUUCUUCAUGGAAUGUCGCUACACUCAAGUAAUGUCGCAGCUCAUGUGCGGGCACGAGGCAUGCUUCGUAGUUGGCUGCGUGGACCCCUUGUCGUACAGUGAAACGACUGAGACGCUAGAGAACCUGCAGCUGUAUCGCAACCUACUAGCGGCCUGCGUCCCGGUGGUGACGCUGUCGGAGCGCGGGCGCCUGCUGCGGCAGCUGCGCGCCAUGGAGACGACGAUGGGCGGGGAGGAGAUGCUCCAGCUCAUCUACUUUGACACCUCUGGCCGUCCCCGCACGGAGCAGGAGGAGGCUUUACUUGCCUUGCGCGGUAAGUUGGAAAUGUGGGGUACGGACAAAGCAAGCGAGGCGCAGGGGAGCGGUCUUGUGAAGGAUGCGUCUACCCCCUGUGGCCUCGACGCCGAGGGUCGCAGCACCCGAAAAGUCGUCUUCCUCAACGCCGCCAAGACGGCCACCUACGAAGGACAGUGGAAGGGCGCCGUGUUUGACGGCUUCGGCGAGCACAUCCAGGCCAACUUCAAGUACCGCGGCGAGUUCCGCAACGGCAGGCGUGAGGGACGCGGUACCCUUUUCCUACGCGACACCAAAGAGAGCCCGUAUUGCCGUGUGUACGAAGGCGAGUGGCUUAGUGGGCAGCGCGACGGUCGUGGCACGCAGUGGGGCAGCGACGGAGAGGUCUACGAGGGUGACUUCGCCGCGAACGAAAGGCAUGGGCUGGGGAAGCUGUACCUCGCAAACGGGGACGUGAUCGAGGGCAGCUUCAGCCACAACAAGUGCGAGGGCUGGGCAGUGCUACGGCAGACGAACGGUGACUGGUUCGAGGGGUAUUGGAUGAACGGCGAACGCGAGGGCCCCGGUGUGUGGCACUACGUGAGCCGCCAGCGGUGUCUGCGCGGCGAGUGGCAUCACAACAAAGCGGUGCUGGGCACCAUGGAAGACGACGCGGACAAGAUCGACGAUAGCACCGGCCCUUUCAUUCCUCGCCUAGGGCUGCUGAACAGCGAGGAUAUUCUUGCACAGCAGCGAAAUCGACUCAUAGAGAAGCGCCGCUUGGAGUUUGCAGCUGCCGGCAAGACUUGGGUGGACUACGCCGCGAUGGACAAGAGGUGCACCGUGUCGAUGACCGCUGCAGCGACACCGAUGGCUACCAGCGAGCAUGCGACCCCUGCUGACGGUCAUGCCGUCUAUGGGCUGGAGAUUGAGUAG